UGCGGAUGCGUGUGGAGCUUCUGCAGGAGGCGCUGGACACCCGAGGAGACGCGUUGCUGGCGGAGUUCGAAGCCUCCAUCCCAGACUUUGUGAGGCGCGCGGAGGAGCUGGCGAAGCAAGUGGACCCGCGCCGGCUGGUCAUGACCCUGGCUUGGCAGGUUCUCACCGCGGGGCCCAUGAGCUGGGGCUGCGUGCUGUCCAUGGUGGUGUUUUGCGCGCUGCUCGUCAAGAACCUGAGGGCCUCCGGUCGUCUGGGCGACUCGGAGGAGACUUGGCCCUUGACGGACGCGGUGGCCGCUGUGCUGUUGACCACACGCAAGACCUGGCUCAUGGAACAGGGAGGCUGGGAGGGCUUCCUGCGAGCGUUCGGGCCGGGGACGCCCACCUAGGAGAGGAGCCGUAGACGCCGAGCUCCGACGGGCAGCGACAGUGAAGACGAGAAGAGAGACAGAGACUUUGGACUUGUACACAACUUU